CACCGACUGCAAAGCGCCAAAACGAUCGCCAUUAUCAACCAGCCUUCUUCCUUCCUCAUACCUUCUCAUAUUCCUGCUCCUCCUCCUCUGCCUCCUCCUCAACAAAAGAGAGAGAGAGAGAGAGAGGGAGAGAGGGAGUUGGAGGAAAGCAAAGGAGAGGAAGAUGUUCGGGAGGGACCCGUGGGGCGGUUCGUUGGAGAUCUCCAAUGCGGACUCGGCGACGGAUGAUGACCGGAGCCGGAACCUGCAGGAGUACGACCGGGCGGCGCUGUCGCGGCAGCUGGACGAGACGCAGCAGAGCUGGCUGCUGGCGGCCCCCGGCGAUCCUGCCGGCAAGAAGAAGCGCUACGUCGACCUCGGAUGCGUCGUCCUCAGCCGCAAGCUCUUCCUCUGGAUCGUCGGCUCCGUCCUCGGCGUCGGACUCCUCAUCGGCCUCAUCAUGCUUAUCAUCAAAACCGUGCCCCACCGCCACCGCCCCCCGCCUCCGCCUGACGACUACACCCAAGCCCUCCACAAGGCCCUCAUGUUCUUCAACGCCCAGCGCUCCGGCCCUCUGCCGAAACACAACAACGUGAGCUGGAGGGGGAAUUCCGGCAUGAAGGACGGCCUCUCCGACAGCUCGGUGAAGAAGAAUCUGGUCGGAGGAUACUAUGACGCCGGAGACGCCAUCAAGUUCAACUUCCCCAUGUCCUUCGCCAUGACCAUGCUCAGCUGGAGCGUGAUCGAGUACAGUGCCAAGUACGAGGCCGCCGGCGAGCUCGAACACGUCAAGGGCAUCAUCAAGUGGGGCACCGACUACCUCCUCAAGACCUUCAACUCCUCUGCCGACACCAUCGACAGCAUCGUCGCACAGGUCGGCGAAGGAGACACGUCGAAGGGGCCUGAUGCUAACGACCACUACUGCUGGAUGAGGCCGGAGGACAUCGACUAUACUCGGCCGGUGUACGAGUGCCACAGCUGCUCCGACCUCGCCAGCGAAAUGGCGGCGUCGUUGGCUGCUGCUUCGAUCGUGUUUAAGGACAGCAAGACCUACUCCGACAAGCUCGUCCAUGGCGCCAAGACUCUGUUCCAGUACGGAAGGCUACAGAGGGGCAGAUACAGCCCUGGAGGCACUGAUCCCGCCAUCUUCUACAACUCCACCGGUUACUGGGAUGAGUUUCUGUGGGGCGGCUCAUGGCUCUACUUUGCAACUGGAAAUUCCUCCUACCUCCAGCUCGCCACUGCUCCAGCCCUGGCCAAGCAUGCCGGUGCCUUCUGGGGAGGGCCAGAUUAUGGAGUCUUCAGCUGGGACAACAAGCUCACUGGAUCUCAGGUUCUUCUCAGCAGACUCAGACUGUUCUUGAGUCCUGGUUAUCCCUACGAAGAAAUUCUGAGCACAUUCCACAACCAGACGGGCAACAUUAUGUGCUCAUACUUGCCAUUUUUCAAGUCAUUUAAUCGAACCAAAGGUGGCUUGAUCCAACUAAACCAUGGACGACCUCAACCCCUGCAAUACGUUGCCAAUGCGGCUUUCCUUGCUUCACUGUUCAGCGAUUACCUUGAAUCUGCAGAUACUCCAGGAUGGUACUGUGGACCGAAUUUCUACUCGACGGAUGUUCUACGUGGUUUCGCCAAGACCCAGAUCGAUUACAUUCUGGGCAACAAUCCUCAGAAGAUGAGCUACCUCGUCGGAUACGGCAAACGGUACCCGAAGCGCGUUCAUCAUCGCGGCGCGUCGAUUCCGAAGAACGGGAUCAAAUACAGUUGCAAAGGAGGGUACAAGUGGAGGGAUUCCAAGAAGCCCAAUCCGAACACCAUCGUCGGCGCCAUGGUCGCCGGUCCGGACAGGCACGACGGAUUCAAGGACGUCCGGACAAACUACAAUUACACGGAACCGACGCUCGCCGGGAACGCCGGCCUGGUGGCCGCACUCGUGUCCCUGUCCGGAGUGAAGACUGGCAUUGAUAAGAACACCAUCUUCUCCGCAGUCCCUCCGAUGUUUCCUACUCCGCCACCUCCGCCUUCAGCCUGGAAGCCUUAGUCGGUUCGAGUUUAUGGAGCUGCUUUAGGAGUGAAUUCCAAGGAAAGUGCAAAGCUCGAACAGCUAGAUCGUCGUCUGAUUCAUUGAUCAUGGGUUUUCAGUAUUUGUUUUUCCUUAAAUUUUCCAAGUUUGCUUCUUUCAUGGUCAGAAGAAUGUUUGUGUAUAGUGCAGAACGAACGGGAAAAAAAAACAGAGAUGUGAAAUUAAGGACAAUUUUAUAUAAUUGAUUAAAUAUGAUUAAACUAUUUAUAAAAA